CCCGGGCGGCUUCAUGCCUAUUUUAGUCCGGGCGGGCGCGGGGCGGGACGGGACGAAGCCUCCUCGCGGCUGCGGCGAGACGAGCCGGGAAAGUUCCGCGGCGGCGGCGGCUCAGGAGCCUUCAAGAUGAAUUCUACAGAAAUUAUUCCACUCACGGUUACCCCAUUAGGUGUUAUUCCAGACUUCAAAAAUGCCACCCUUGUGCCUUUCAGUGAAACUGCAUGUGAAAACUGGAAAGAGAUUCAUCAUCUGGUUUUUCAUGUGGCAAAUACUUGUUUUGCAGCUGGAUUAGUUAUUCCAACUACUUUAAAUUUUCAUAUGAUUUUCCUGCGUAGUUUGCUAACUAUAGGAUGUGCAAUGUUUAUUAUCUGGGCUACCUUCUUCCGUUGUGCUGUGGACAUAAUGAUCUGGAAUACAGUAUUCCUGGUGGUCAACUUUUUGCAUUUUAUAUACUUGGUGUACAAGAGAAGGCCGAUCAAAAUUGAAAAAGAGCUCAGUAGUCUUUAUAAGAGAAUGUUUGAACCCCUCCAUGUGCCUCCAGAACUGUUUAAGAGAUUAACUGGGCAGUUCUGCAACAUUCAGACUUUAAAAACAGGUCAAGCGUAUGCUGCAGAAGAUAAAACCUCUGUUGAUGAUCGACUAAGUAUUCUGUUAAAGGGAAAAAUGAAGGUCUCUUAUCGAGGGCAUUUCCUGCAUAAUAUUUACCCCUGUGCCUUUAUAGAUUCUCCUGAAUUUCGAUCAACUCAGAUGAACCGGGGUGAGAAAUUCCAGGUCACCAUUGUUGCAGAUGAUAACUGCAAGUUCCUGUGCUGGUCCAGAGAAAGGUUGACUUAUUUUUUGGAAGCUGAACCAUUUCUGUUUGAAAUAUUCAGAUACCUUAUUGGUAAAGACAUUACAAACAAACUCUAUUCAUUAAAUGACCCAACAUUAAAUGAUAAGACUUCAAAGAAAAUGGAUCGGCAGCCAAGUCUUUGCUCUCAGCUCUCUGUGAUGCAGAUGAGAAACAGUAUGGCUAGCUCAAGUGACAGUGAGGAUGGUUUGCAGCAGUUUCUUCGUGGGACUUCCUCUGCAUCUUCUCUUCGCCGAGCAUCUCCCUACAUGAGAACUUCAGCAAAAAUGAAACCAAUAGAAGAAAGUAUUGAAGAUGAUGUCUUCGAAGCUUCAUCUUCUACUAAGUCUGAAGUCCAAUGACUGCCUUAAACAGAUAUGGCCUCAAACAAGCAGUAGGCUUUGUACUUAUAGCCAAAGGAAGAAGCUUAUUUUGAUGGGAUUAUAAAAGCAGUCAGUACCUAUUUGUUUUCAGAAAAGAUACCAUCCCAUACAUGUCAGUGAUUGCCAGACAAAAACAUUAGUUUUGUUUUUUUCUUUCUAAAUAAAAAAGAAGAAAAGCUU